AUGCUCAAGUCUCUUGGCUACAAGGCGGAGGCUUUCCAAAGGUACUAUGCUGUUUGUCUGGAGAAUGCAGACGACGUAAAAGAGGCAUGCUUCGACAUUCAGAUUCAGCUAGUUGGCUUCCUCACCAGUGCCGUCACCUGCGUGCGUGGCGAGAAAGACGAAACAAAGCUAGACGAAGAAGAGGACCCGUGUCUGCUGCUUCACCGCCGGCUCACUGCUACAAACCAGGAACUCACCGAAACGCUGGCGCGGGUUGAGAAGAUGGCUGCCAUACGACCCUCUGGGGCAGGUCCGAGCCGUAGCUUUGUUUGGCCUGGGCGAUAUCGUGUCGAGUCUGCCGAUAUAUCAAGGCCGUACUGGCCGGAAGCGAGCCAUGGAAACGCAAUCAUCACCACGCGUAACCAUUCCUUGGCGUACGAGCCCGCAACCUCCGUUCUGGAGAUAACCUCGUGGGAUGAAAAAACUGGCUCAGAGUUUCUUCCAUUCCUGUUGAAGCGCAACAUCGGCAGCGAUAUUCAAAUCGAGGGAGAAUCGGCAGCCAAACUCUCCAAGAAGCCAAGUGGCCAUGCCUCGGCCAUCUCACAAAUGGCUGGGCUGAUUCACCGACGGUCCUGGUCCAUUGCUGAAUUCAUGCGCAUCUACCCAAACAACCCCAGGCGAGCUCACGAGACUGAGCUGCAGGCGGUGUGGGAUUUCUCCUUUUCCACCCUGGGUAAGGACAGCCGGACAUUUCUGGUAAUUGCUUCAUUCUUAGUACCGCAACAUAUUCCACAACUGCUCUUUCAAUUUGAAGAAGACGGCGACAUUCCUGAAGACCUCGAAUUUCGCGCCGAUGAGUUUAGACGUGUGGAGGUAAAUCUCGUAGUCGUUGAAACACUAGAUAAUAAAGAACUAGCCCACGACAUCGCGGCUUGGACACUCUCACACCAGGCAAGCAUGUAUGAGAGCACCGGCAAUGUACAAAAGGCAAUCGAGCUUGAUAGGAAGGGCUAUGAAAUGAGAACAGCGGAGCAUCCGUUCAAGGGGGAACUUGUCGGGGGCUUCGAGCAGAACCUAAAUGAGCACGAGAUGGCGCCAGCAUGGUUUGAGAAGUCAAGAGAGACGCGGAUUGCCGAGAUUUCCAAGCAGGGGAGGGGGAGAGAUUGGCCAGCGGUGACGACGACGAACAUGGCAAGAUGUCUUGUGUAUCUCGGCCAAUACGACAAGGCACAGGAACUGCUAUAUAUUGCAAUUGCCGAGUUUAAACGGGACAAGUCCCUCGAUUGGGCCAUGCUUACCGAGUAA